UUUUUUUUUUUUUUUGAAAAAAACUAGUGAACUACUCCUUUAAACUAAGCCUUCAGAUCUCAGCAUAGUUUUAUUCUUGUGCAUUUAGGCAAUUUCGUUUGAAUUUUAAAUUUGAUUUAUUUAUGUGGUUAAUAAAGAGAGCCUGCUCUAUUCGCUGUUUAUUAUUAAUUUGAUUCUGCUUUCCAACCCUAAGUUGUGUUCCUACUGAUCAUAUGGAAGUAAUCUCCAAUCUCUUUCCCAACUCAUUUUAUAUAUAAAUGAACGUUGUAUCUGUGUUAUGUAACCGAGCACUGGCCGACAGUGUUAAAGUGAUUAAAGGACUCAAUGAAUUAUUUAGAGGACUGUUCACAUGAGAGGACUACGAUUCCGAGUUUGAGUAGGGGUUUAUGCUGUCUGAAAGCAGAUGGAAGCUUCUGAUAUACUGUAGGCAUCUUAUUAUGCUAUCGGGAAGUGUUAGUUUGAGACUGAAUUUUGGCAUAAAGAAUUAAGUGUCUCAACUGAGGGUAUACAUUAUGGAGGCCAAGCGAUUGAAGAGGGAUGUUAAAACAUUGCUUGGUGAAUAUAUUGGACAGCGACUCAGAGAAAAUGGUUUUGAUCCAAAAGGGAAAAGCACUUUUACAAUGUUAGAUGAUUUGGCCCAUUAUGAUUUGGCUAUAAGUGUGGCUUUGUGGAGGCUCAAUAAUGAUGAUGAGAAGAAUUUAGUUGAGAACAACUACAUAGGAAUUGGAAGUUUACAACAUAUUAGCCAGUACCCUAAUCGCCUGGAAAGAGAAGCAAUGAUCCUUUCUUCCUUUGCUGGAAUGCUUCUGAACAGCUUACCUAUAGAAGACAUUCUGUCUCUGUACAGUUGCAAACCAUCUGCAUCUUAUAAGGGCAACAUUGUUCACCCAUUCUCCCUCUCUUAUCAUCCAUUUGCUAUGCUUAGUUCAUUCAAAGCAGUAGAGCGCUCAAGAAAACACACCCAGGCGCUGAAACGCGGGAUCAAAGAACACAGUAAACAGAAAGUCUCUGGAGUAACAGAGACACUGGAGUCCUCCUCUUCCAGCUCCUCAUUUAGUGUGAGUGACAGUGAGGACUCUUUAAAAGAUGAAACCGCUCACUAUGAGGGCUCACAAGAAUCUCUGCAGGACUGAAAACAGCAGCUGUCCAACAAGCAAAUAUUAAUUUGCAUGUGGUUUAUUAAACACUGAUUACACAUGUACCAUCCUUGCAGGUGGUUUGUCUUUAUGGUUAAAAUUUUGGUUAUUUCCCAAGACUUUGUACACAGCCAGGGAAUAAUAAAGAGAGAAGAUUAAUUUAGAGUAAUCCAUUUUAUAAAUAUCAACUAUCAAGAUUACUUAUUUACUGACUUUAUCCAACAUGUUCACACAGUCUCUUUUAGAAAUGGAAAGUGUGUAUAAUUAUUUUGCCCAUGCAUUCUCAUUUUUUAGUACGUGUGAAUGAAGAUACAAUGUUAAAUAUGCAGUAAUCAAUAAAGUUCCAUUGCAGAUCUAUUUCA